UCCUCCACAGCUCCAGGGUGAUGAAGAGGUUAAACCAGCCCCUCUCUGCUGUGCUCUCUGCCUCCUUUUGCGGCUCCAGCCCCGCUUUAAACGGCAGCUGAGCGCUCAGCGGACAUGGACACAUCCGAACUUUAACUUUCAGGUCUUUCUCCUCUCUUGCCCGCGCUCCUCUCCUCUCUUGUCCUCCCCUUCCCUCUCCCGCUGAGCUGAGCUCCGAGUGAGAAGCUGCGCUGGCAGCUGCCGUCUCAUGGAAAUCUAAUUUUGCUCUAAUUUUCGGUCAGUCGCUCAGGUCUGUGGAGGCUAUUGUCGUUUCGCUGCUCCCUUGGUUUUAAUGGUUCACUCAUGCGUCGGGAAUGCCAUGGCCACUCCGAGCGCACAGCAACAGGAUUAUUUCAGAUCGGUGAGCAGCGAAUCAACCACCUACAUGAUGGUCCCGGCAGGCGGGCCGAACGCGGCAGCGCGCCGGGAGACGCCGUCCAAGAUGUGGGUGGCUAUGGUGGUGAUAGUGGUGGUGGUGUUGCAGAUUGCUUCGACCACGGGACUCUUUGUCUACCUGAAUAUGUCGAUAUCACAGGUGCGUAGCCAGGGAGUGACAGAGGAGUUAAAAUGCCUGAGUUUACUAAAUGCUCUGGAUAAGGACCAGGACAUCCCAGAUCAGCUGGCCCAGCUCUUCGGCGAACCCUGCAUCAAACUGGCCGAAGGCAUCAAAGCUUACAUCUCCAAGGUGGCAGAUAGCAUCAUCUCAAAGCGCAUCUUCACUGAGGCGAGAACCAUGCCUCACAAUUUCAACAACUCGGGGUCAAAGUUUAUGAGCCCCGUGACCCAGAGGCCGUCUGCCCACUUGACCCUCAGAGACGCCAGUUCUCAAGGGUUUUCUUCCUCCCUGAGCAUCAUGCCAGGUCUUCAUCAGUCCUGCCGCCAUUUGGUCCGCUCAUGGGCCAAUCAGAGCCUAGGAGCUCACCUGCACAACAUGACCCUGUCUAAUGGGAAGCUCCGAGUGCCCCAAGAUGGGAGGUACUAUCUGUACUCACAGGUGUAUUUCCGUUAUCCAUCCCCAUCUGCAAAUGAGGGGGACCAGCGCAGCGUCAGCCACCAACUGGUGCAGUGCGUCUACAAGAAAACUUCCUACCCAAGCCCCAUACAGCUUCUGAAAGGUGUGGGAACCAAAUGCUGGGCUCCGGACGCUGAGUACGCCCUACACUCCGUUUACCAGGGAGGACUGUUCGAACUGAGGGCCGGUGACGAGAUCUUCGUCUCUGUCUCUUCCCCCACCAUGGUAAAUGCAGAAGAAUCUGCAAGCUACUUUGGCGCCUUCCGUCUGGACCUCUGAGAGGAAAGGAUUGGAGAAAAAAAAAGAAGCGAUGGGACAAUGGAUGGAUAAACAGACGGGCUGGAGAGCUUGGGGCCUUUUGAAUAUCCACUGAUUGGGGGAAAAUGGUCCUAUAGACAGAAGAGGGAGAUGGAGGUCUGGAUCUUCAGUGUUUGCUUGGGCAGAUGCACUGAAGGAUGGAAGAACUGGGGUUUGAAAGAUCUACGUGAGUAAAGAAUGCUGCAAGAGCGCAGUGGAUUUGCCUUUCCAAUCUCUCGAUCAAGAGAAACCAAGACUUCAAGAUAAAAGACGUGCAAUUAUGAAAAAUAAAUAAAUGUGAGGACUUUGAUUUACAGUUGAUUCUUAAGGGGGAAUUUGCCACAGGAAAAAAAUAAAAUCACAACCUUCCAGAUAGAUGAAGUUCAGAAAUUAGUCCACCUUGUUAUCUAGAUCUCAACAUAACGCAACCCUGCAUGUGUGAAAAUGUCUUUGACCUUUUUAUGGGGAAAAAUUAAACCCUUGGAUUUGGAUUUGAAGAAUUUACACAGAAUAAAAACUUUAGUCUCUACAUCAAAGAUGCGAGUAAAGACUGAACGGCUGCAGAAGAAAAUGAAACAAUCAAACCAAAGCAAAAACUUUUUUUUUAAGUGUGCGAUGGGAGUUCUGUACAUAUGUAUGGCUGAGAAUGAGAUUUACACAAUGGACUGUGGUGAUUUUAAAAGUAAUUCAUUUUUAUUUUACCUUUGACUGGACUUAAAACCACUUGGGGAAUCUAAAGACUUCCUACUUGCGAAACACUAAAACUGUGGAUUUUAUGUAAAGACUUUUAGUGGAGGAAGAAGAUUGCCUCUGUGACAAACUGUAGAAAGAGCCAAGAGCUUUGUGAAGAGGAGUCUGCAAGCCAAGAAGAAGUGAAAACAAGGAGGGAGAAAUCUUGUAAACGCCAAUAAGAAUUAGCCCGGCACUGAAAGAUUAAAGGAGCGAUGCUGUGGGUAGUAUGCAGCCUGACCACUCUGCCUGGUUGAUAUCUCUUCUUUCUCUUUCCCUUUAUUCCUUCUCUCAUCUUUUCAUGUUAACUAUUUUAUCUAUCUUGUCCAACCUGUGAAGCUGCAUUAUAUUUGAGUUCAUGGAGCAGUUAUGCAACCAACCACAAAGCAACAAUGUGAGAAGAAGAUGACAGAAACACAUGCAAAUAGUCUAGUUUCACAAUCACAGAGAGCAUGGAUUAAAGUGACAUUUAGGGUGGGUUACAUGGAGUUGUUGUUUUCACUGCAAUGAUCAUUGGUUCCUUAACAUAAAAAUCUCAUUUUGGAUACAUGGAGUUAACAUAGUUAUUGGUGUAUUGCAUUAUCUUUGCAGGGUAGUAGCUCAACUUGAACAUGGCAAAAUGUGCACUUACCUAAAACGACUGCAGCAUUUAGUAAAUGGACUGGUUCUCAUAUAGUGCUUGUCUACUCUGAGCACUCAAAGGGCUUUAUACCGCUUGCCUCAUGCACCCAUUCACACCUAUUCACACAAGCACGUUUUUCUAUGCUUUCUUUCACUGUAAUUGUUGCUCUAGCUUCUGCAUUUGGGGAAAAUAUAAAACCCGUCAAGUCUCAACACCAAAAAAAUGCAUGAGUUAAAAAAAGAAAAAGAAAAUUCUAGUAUCUAGCACACAAAAGGUAGAGAUCCCUGGGAGGGUUGCAUCAGGAAGGGCAUCCAGCCUAAAAAUCUGUGCCAAAUCAAAAAUGUGGAUGCAUCCGCUGUGGCGACCCCUUGUAAAGCCAAUAGAAGCUUCCUCGGUGCUAGCUAGAAUGGAACAUAUCGUCCUCCUACUUGCUGAAAAAUGAUUGGUGAUCCUGCCCUUAAGCUAGGUAACCCAGCUUUCCAUGCUAAACAUUUUAACCACCAUCUGGACACUCAGAAUGCAAAACAUCCAUACCUUCAGCAAGAACAUGGGUUUAGCAGAAAAACCCAAAGGAACAUUUUGAUAGUUUGAACAGCAGUCACCCACUGGUUUGUGGACAUUCUUAAGCUUUGAGUUUAGCAUUGUGAUGGUCGGUAUCUUCAGCUUGCAUCUGGGAACAUCUGGGAGACUGUUUACUGAGGUCGGACGUCAUGGGAGAAGCGGGAUAAUUUUCCUGCUGACUUCACACCUGUUUCUGCAACAAGAGAUUUGCCCCCUGCUGGUUAUGAGAAGGACUACAACUGUAAAGCAUUUGGAUUGGCAGAAAGGCUGGUUAAGCAGUCUGUGCCCAGGUUAAGGGAAGAUAAACAAUACUUUUAUUAUGCAACCACAGCUAUGUUAUUAUUGUAGACUUCAGCGACAGUGAAAGAAAUAGGGUAUGGAAACCAAUUUAAUGCAUCGGUGCUGAAACUGUUUAUUCAGAAACACAAACAGCUGACUAAAAUUGGCUGACAGUCACUUAGUAACACUGGUGGAUACACAUAACAAUUGCAAACAUUAUGAGCAGUUCAGAAACUGUAUUCUCAAACACACUCAGAUGCUACAAAUCUGAAACACAGGAUCCCACACCAAGUCAAGCGAACACAGACCCAAGAUUUGGAACGAGUGAGAGGAUAUUUGCAGACAUAAACCAUGCACCGCCUAGCACAGACACAACCCCUACAUGCUUUUUUUCUCUGUAUGCGCAUAAAAAAGUACACACAUCACCUCACACUACAUCCAGGCUAGCCUGCGCUAUGCAGACACACACAUCAUCCAAUGUCACAUCCAGCGUGAAGACAUAUGCCCUGAUUAAUCUGGGCUGUCUAGCCUCCCUGUGCCAUCUGGUAAUUGUCAGUGAUCUGGCAUAGAGCGAGGGUGCGCACACAAGAAUAUAUGUUUGUUCAAAGGGCUUGGUUCACAUAGACCAUUCAGAAAAUGGGGUAAAAAAAAAAUGUCUUUCACGUGUGUUUAUUUGCGAAUGUGACCUUAAGUUUGCUUUGUACACUUUGUACACUCAAGCACAUAUUUGAUAGGGUAACAUCCAGACUAAGCCCCUCCUUCCCAUACAGCACAGGACAUCGUUGUAUGCAUACCCUGAAGAAGGCUAUGUUAUAAUGUAGUUUUGUCAGGCGUGCUAUGAAACACAGCAACAGAGCUGGUUUAUUUUUCUGCUCAAAUCACAAAAUUAAAGGUAAAUCUCAUAUUGCAUUAAAAUUACUGUUUGAAGCUUCAUUUUUGCUGGGUGGCACACACCUGCACAUGCUUCUUAUGCUCUAACGCUUCCUGUAUGAAGUCAAGUUAUAUUCCAGUUAAAAUAAUAUAUGGUAACUUCAACAAUUAGGUCAGCCAUUAACCAAGAUUUUGGCAUUAUCUGGGUUUGAUGUGGAAAGAUAUUUGUGGUAAAGCUAAAAUUUUACUUUCUGCCAACUAAACUGUCAGCCAGACAGGCCUAGAGACCAGUCAGAAAUACCCUGACAACUCGGUGGCUAGAGAGUGCUGCACAAAAACCUGUGUGAUUGCUUUGGUUGCUAGUAGACUGAAGUUGCCGAUAAUUUGCAGGAAAGUUGCAGAAAUAUCUGCAAACAUGUUCCAAUUACUGGCCAAGCCUUAGUAAAAGUUAAAAAUAUAUGAUUCAAACCAGAAAUGUAGAAAGUUAACUAAGUAAAUGUUGUGCUUUGCUGCUAUAACCAAUGUGUUUCAAAAGAUGCAUCUUUUACUUUGACGGAGAACUGUCUUUGUGUUGUACUUUCCUUAAUUACAUUGCCUUUUGGUGACUAUUUGGCGAAGGUUUGCAGACAAGUCAGUGUCUCCCGUGCAGCAGCAGCAAUCUGCUAACAAGGUUUUUAGUGCAACACCUUCUUGGUAGCCAGUUUCACAUAGUGACUACCAGGAACCUCCAUGAACCACUCAAUAACAUACUGGGGAUUUCACAUUUUUACUUGUUGCUGCCACAGCGGUCAUUCUCUAGGCCUGUAUGACUGGGGUGUAGCUAGCUAUAGCUAGUAGAUAAUUAGCUUAGAUUAGCAUAGGUAUGGGAAACAGCAGAACUGAUAAGAAGCUGCAUUGAAACUUUUCAAAUGUUUAAUAGUAGCAGCUUAAUAAAAUCACAGUAUAGAAGACAGGCUAUUUGUGAGCAAUUAGUGAGCAUUGGGAAAAGUCGUGGUCCAUGUUUAUUUUUUGUGUUAUGCUAACUUAGGUUUUACAAUUGUCAGGCAAAAACAAUGUUAUUUAACAGAAAGGAUUAUAAAAUAACAUAUUUCAGCAUUUAGCUUUGUUGUGCAUAGUGAUUUAAAAUGUUUCAGCAGUUAUAUUAAUAUUUACCAUUUAGGUUCCCCUCUAAAGGGUCAAAAGAUGAUAACUGAGAAGUUUAUGUCAUGUAAAGUCACUUUUCCAUCCAUAAAUUAUUGUCCUAUUGUCCUAAUGUAUUCAUUAUACUGAAGCCAAAGACUUCAGAGAUCCAUAUGUUGCAAGUAAUUGAACAGUUCUGUUAUGAUUUGAUUCACAGAUCAUUUCAUUACAUUUCUGUGUACACACUCGUUACUCCUGCUGGUUGGUUAAUUAAAUUUCUGAAGCUAAAAUGUUUUUCAUGUGUAGUACCCUGCAGAGUGAGUGUGUUCGUCUCUCCGCACUUCACUUUCUGUUAGAUAAUGUAUAAAUAAGGACACAUGCUGCUUUAGUUUAUCAUUUAAAAAAACAUAAAAACCAUGAGCUUGUCAGCACACUGUGGGGUAAUGUCACAACAAAUCAUCCAAGUAACGCAAAACAUCUACAUCAGAUGGUGUUUGGUUGGGGCGAAAUAAAUCCAAGUCAUUGGAUUUUACUAGGCAGAUGAGCAACAAUAGUCGGUCCUAAACUCAGAGUACAUCACUGGAUCCAUAAAAAAAGCUUUCCCCAAACUACUCAAGGUUAUCACAGAAAUAUUAACUAACACGAUAGUAAUGUAAAACAGUGACAAAAUGUUAGGACUUGAAAUGAAUCAAAGACUAGGUGUUGCCACUGUCUGGUCUUGUGGUUGUGGUCACUCUUUUAUGUGUUGGACUUAAGAUGGACAUAACGUUCAUGUGCCUUAAACCUACAUUUUUACUAAUGUCCAGCAGGGGGCGACUCUUGCGGUUGCAAAAAGAAGUCAGAUUGUAUGGAGGCCAAUGAGCAAAAAGUCUAACUUUUUAACUUAUCUGCAGCCACUCUAAACACAUUCCUGAUGUGUUUAUGGUCUCAAUUACGACUUCUAAGCCUUACUAAAUACAACAUGGUUGCUAUUUUGGUGAAUAUUGGCAGGAUUGAAAGUAUAGUGCAGGAGAAAGCAAGAGCAUAAAGUUCAAAUUGAUGAGGCGACUUAAAGUAAAACCAAAGUUUAUCAUAUGUAAAUGCUACUCACCAAGCAGAUGGUAAUUAGAAGGGUCGUAUUGUGAGAUAGGAAGAGAAGAUAUAUAUGUGUGGUCUGCUGACAAUCCAACACGUGUUUAGUUAAAUCUGUUGCAUUGUGAAAGAUAAAGCAUCACCACCCCGCGAUGUUUACCUUUGCAGUUCAGUUCUUAUUAUUGAGCAAGGCCUGUUUUUGAUGUGUUUUGGUAAAAUAUUGCUUUUUGUUUGAAAUCAGAUCUUGUCUGUUUUUCUGUGUGUGUAUAUGUGUGUGUGUGUGUGAGUGGUUACGCACAAAAAUGCACAAAAGUGGUUUUGGACAACAGUUGAAAGCAUUGCUCUUGAAACUGCCAGACCACGAGUCAGACAAAUUGUCCAUCUCUUGCUCUCUACAAGACCUGGAAAGAGAAACUAAGCCAUCACCGUGGGGCACUCGAAAAUCUAGACCUCAUGUAAGUCAGCGUUGAGAUCUUUUCCAGCUAUGCUCUGUUUCGAGCUCCCAUCCAAGAUUCAUGCUGUGUUUAUAUUUUGCAAGCAGCGUGGCGUGCUGAACAUAGAUAUAUAUUUUCAAGGGGAGGGCUUCACGAGUCCAGUUUCAGUUUGACAGACUGGGUGUCCAAACACAACAGCUUCUCCAGUCUUGGCUUUACACAGGGUGGGGAAAACACCACCUUCAAGCUCCUGUUUUGAUCCCGGUGAGGUUGUAGCUGUAAUUAAGGGUCUGAGGUCGUGAUUCCCCGACAAAAUAAACCUUUUGGACACUAAUAAACAAGCUGAACGCAUCCUUUCUCAUAAAACACACAUUGAGAGCCAAAUUUUGGAAGAACUUGAAGCAUGCGUUUUAAAUUCAUAGCAACCAUCUACCUUACAUAUCUUAACAUGUUACCAUAAUGAUUUUGCACAGAACCACAAGUGAGACCAUUAUAUGUUAUAAUUUGACCACAGUUCCUGCCAAUUAGCUAAUUUUCUAUGGUUCAAGUUGUUCCCCAGGUGCAACCCAGGCAUUAAAUUUGGUUUCAACACCAGCUCUAAGAAACAUCUGUUGCCUAUUAAAUAGCUGCAUGUUGCAGGACACUUAAAGAAAUAAUCAAAUUUAAGUCUAUUUAACAGCUCAAGUGACUGGCAGAUUUUGAAAUACGCCCCCAAAUGUUGGUGGAGUACCACAUGCACAGCAAAUAUGCCGCAGUGCUCUGUUGGCACCGACAUGAAACAACUAACUCUAUCAACUCAUCAGGACCAGAUUAGUGUUCCUUUUGCCAGUUUUUGCAGGGAACUGACACAAUGAUAAAUACUGUGUUGUAUUAUUUGGCAAAUUGAUUGAACACGGCAACUGAAGAGGAUAAACACAACCAGAUCCCCCAAAUUUCUUUAUGUCUGCACAGGCGUACUUGUCAGAACUCAAACAUUUAUAUUUUAUUGCAAGCACUGAAACAGCCCUCGAGGAGGUGAGGACAGGCAAAUUUCCCCCACUGCAGAAGACUGGAACUGUGUACAUAUUUGAAUAUCUUACAAAUAAAAGACAAUCACUGUUACGCAAUAAGUCGAAACAUAUGCCAAACAAGCGUCUGAAAACAGCAGAGUGCUUUUUUUAAAUCGCUGCUUCUAUUUCUGACUUUGAUGCGCGCCGCUAUGCAGAUUUGUAUCAGUUGUCACUAAGCAGCACCGCUUGCAUAAUUAAACAUUAAAUGUUUUGCACAAAAGCAGAACAAGUGCUGUUUAUGCUUUGCCUGCAUGCCUGCGUUUUCCAAGGAUGUGAAACAAGCAAUCUCAUAAUCAGCUGGCUGACUAAGCUUUCAUCCAAAACCUCACAUAUAAUUCUCUUCUUUCCAAAAUUGAACACAUUUCCUUUCCAGUGCUAGCUUAACUAAGAGUACAAGAGUGAAUGUGCUUUGAGUUCCCAAGGAUGCAUUAACAUGCAGACUGGAUGAGGCGGUGACCCACUCUACCACCAAAUUACACAUUUAGAAUUUUUCCCAAGAAAGUAAUCGCUCCAUGUCCUAAAUUGAUGCAAACAUCACAUCACAACAUCACAAACAUCACUUACUCACAAGAUUUCUGUGAACACAAACAAGAUCAGCAUUAGACCCCACUGUGUGAAGACAAUGCAGGGCUGAAUUUGUGAAUCAGACAGUCUCAUAGCAGAGAGAGUAUUCUGUUCCUGCCAGUCAGAGUAGAGAAAAAAAAAUCCCUGAGCGCAUGAAAAAGUUUACAGUUCCUGUAGCAAACUAUCAUCACGAGCAAAGAAUUUAGAUGGAUUAGCACUAGUUGGAAACUUUUUAUUACAGUGACAGUAGCGUACUGUAUUUUCCUCAAGUCGGCUACCAUGGUUUUCACUCCUCUGCUACACUCUGCUUCACACACAGAGUGUAGCACAGGACAUACUCAUUGAAACAGAGAGCAACUAAACAGCAGCAGACUUACACUGAGCUGAAAUGAAUCAAGUGCACAUAGACAACAUAAAUCUUAGACUUCAUUAUGAAGCAGCUACUAGUGUGUUGUUAGUGUUAGAUAAAGCUUGUUUCCAAGUCCCCACUCUGACAAAUCAGCUACAUUGAUGAAUUUAUUUCUUAGGCUUGCAGCGUAUGAAACUAUCACUGUCUGAAUCUGAGAUUAUGAGGUCACUGGUACACUACAGUCACGAGGUGGAGAUUUUCGUUCAUGAUUGUUUCUGCUCAUAUAUGUCUUUUAGCUUAUAAAAAAUGACAUGUUAAUACACUACAAACUGAUUCUCAUCACAGGGAUCAGUGAAACAAACAGUUCUCCAUUAAAGCAGUUUAUGAAUGUAGAUACUGUUCAACACAUAGCCUUUUCCUUUUCUUAAAAUCACAUUUGAUACCAACUGAAGAAUGUACAUGUAAAGUUCUGCUGAUUGCCUUGUGCCUUUUAAAAAUAAUGCUCCUUUGUGUUAUUUUGUGCUCAAAUAAAGUGCCUACUGUCAAACAGGAA